AUGACCGCUAGUCAUGCGGAGGGUUCGAAUGUUCGGGUGUGCAAAUGCAACCAAAGUGAAACACCCAAGUGUAUUACUGCAGAGUUUCACGCUGUUGCCACCACCAACGUGGGAGGCGGUGGCGAUGGCAUUCUAUUUCCCGUCUGUCGGAAUGGACAGCAAAACCCUGCUGCUUCACUGCAAACCACGGGCGAACAGCCGUCAAAAGUGUGUGAUACUGACAUUUUUCGUUCAUUGUUAGAGCAGAAGAAGAUGAACGCAGCAUCGCCGACACCACACGAUUGUCAUCUUCCGAUCAAAGUCUACCAAAGCGCUGACGGGGAAAUCAGGGGGCUAGUCAACUACCAUGAGAAAGCUCAGAGAGCAAAAAACCUUUUUUCAUUCACUUCGAGCAUCCUUACGGCAGUUGACCAAUUCACCGAUGCUCUGUUGAAGGAUGGAUGCCAACAUGUAUCAAGUCUUGAGUAG